AUGGCGUCGGAGCGGCGCAAGGUCAAGUACCACUGGAGCAGCACUUCGGAUCGGAGUUCCCGCAAGCGCAGCUGCCUCCGGGAGCCCAGUGAUGUGGCCCCCUCCAGCCGCCCAGCUCACAGCUCUGUGUCGCGUUCAGGAGGGGCCAGCAGCCCCAAGCGCCUGAAAGCCCAGAAGGAGGACGAUGUGUCCUGGGGCUCAUCCCGCCGCAAAAGUUCCACCUCCUCCUCGCAUUCCCGCCGCAGAAGUUCCACCUCCUCCUCCUCCUCCCAUUCCUCUGGCCCAGGUGCGGGUGGGGCCGCCUGCAAACGAGGCCUGAUUCCGAGCUCAAAGGGGUUCCUUUCGUCAGGGGGAUCCCCUCUGCGCUCUGUCAGACCUUCUCUAGAAGAAAUGGCUUCUCUCGAGGAGGAAGCCUGCAGCCUUAAGGUUGAUUCCAAAGAUAGCCCUCGUAGCUCCGUGGAUUCUGAAUUGGAAGCGGAAGCGGAGGGUCAAAAUGGUACAAUGGAGGAACCACACAAGGUCCAGAAAAGGCAGAGGGAUAGACUUCGAGACCAGGGCUCUGCCAUGAUCUACCUAAAGGCCAUCCAGGGCAUCCUGGGAAAGUCGAUGCCAAAGAGGAAGGGAGAGGCGGCCCCAAGGGCAAAACCCCACAUAGCAGAGUGUCCCCGCCGCGGAGAGGGACCAGCCAGGAGUGUCAGCGUGGCUGCUCCUCAGAAAGAGAGCGAGUCCACCCCAGAGGUCAGAGCGGAGGAGGAGGACGCUGUGCUGGAGAAGAGCAGCUUCUGUGACAGGAGGGUGCUGAUAGACCCUCUGGAGAGACACAACGAGGAGCGCCUGGCUGGCCGAAGGGUGGCCACCGGGGCGUGCUCUCCACCCCUGGAGUUUCUGGAGGACUCUGACUCGCAUCUGAAUGGCCAAAAGCCUAAGGACCGGGAGGUGGUGAUGGAGCGCGCCUCUUCAGGAAGUGACUGGUCCGACGUGGACGACAUUUCCACGGCCAGGUUCUCUCAGGAGGAGCCCGUCUCCCUAAAACCCUCCGCCGUUCCAGAGGCUUCCGCCUUCGCCACGGACUACGUCAUGUACCCGGCUCACCUGUACAGCAGCCCCUGGUGUGACUACGCCAGCUACUGGGCCGGCGGUCCCAAGGCCCCCGGCUACCCCUCCGUGGGCCGCGGCGCCUCGCCCGCCUCGACGGUGAGCCCCCCGCUCACCUCCAGGGAGCCUGAGGCUGCCAAGGAAGGCAGAUCCCGGAAGUCUCGUUCGUCUCGUUUCUCCAGAAGCUCGGAAGAAGGAGAUGUGAAGGAGAAACGAACAUUCCAGGAGGACGUGCCUCCGCGUCCGGGUGAAGAACCUGCAUCUCACUCCCUGCCCAGGAGCCGUCGGGAGCCCCGGCUGGAGGGUUUCAUCGACACCCACUGUCACUUGGACAUGCUCUAUUCCAAGCUGUCAUUCAAAGGGACCUUCACCAGGUUCAGGAAGAUUUACAGCAGCUCCUUCCCUAAGGAGUUUCAGGGCUGCAUCUCUGACUUCUGCGAUCCUCGCACCCUGACCGAUGGCCUCUGGGAGGACCUGUUGCAGGAGGAUCUGGUGUGGGGGGCCUUUGGCUGCCACCCGCAUUUUGCACGUUACUACAGUGAGAGUCAAGAGAGAGAUCUUCUGCAGGCCUUGAGGCACCCCAAGGCCGUGGCAUUCGGGGAGAUGGGCUUGGAUUACUCUCACAAGUGCACCACGCCUGUCCCAGAGCAGCACAAGGUGUUUGAGAGGCAGCUACAGCUGGCCGUGUCUCUAAGGAAGCCCUUGGUGAUCCACUGCCGAGAAGCUGAUGAAGAUCUGCUGAAAAUCAUGAAAAAAUUUGUGCCUCCAGACUACAAGAUUCACCGGCACUGCUUCACCGGCAGCUACCCGGUCAUCGAGCCCCUUUUGGACCACUUUCCCAACAUGUCCGUGGGCUUCACAGCCGUCCUGACCUACUCCUCCGCCUGGGAGGCCCGGGAAGCUCUGAAACAGAUCCCACUGGAGAGGAUCAUCGUAGAGACGGAUGCUCCCUAUUUUCUGCCUCGACAGGUUCCCAAGAGCCUUUGCCAGUACGCCCACCCCGGCCUGGCCUUGCACACGGUUCGAGAGAUCGCCAGGGUCAAAGACCUGCCGCUCGCCAGCACCUUGGCCACCCUGCGUGAGAACACCUGCCGCCUCUACAGUCUUUAA